AUGGCCGACUCCAAAAAAAGCAGCGCAUAUGGUGCCCCGGCCAGCGACACCGAUUUUCGAAAGACGUGGGACCUAGACGAAUACGCAGCCAAAGCCAGGGAACGCGAGGCCAAAGAGAAGGAGGAGGCCAAGGCGCGCUACGAAGCAAAACUCGCCGGCAAAAAAUACCACAAGCCACUGACCGGCGAUGAGAAGUACACGACAGCCAGACGAAAUGUCAUUGACCUCACGGCACAAGUCGGCAAGACGCAGCUCGUGCCCGCCGGCGCCGGCGUCGGAAAACGGGGUCGAAGCGCCGGCUUCUACUGCGAGCCGUGCGACCUCACGUUCAAGGACAAUAAGCAAUUCGUCGAGCAUUUGAACACCACGCAGCAUCUGCUGAAUACCGGCCAAACGACCGAGGUCAAACGUGCUACUGUGGAGGAGGUUCACGAGCGCAUUUCCUACUACAUCCGAAAGAAGGAAGAACUGGAGAAAGAAAAGGCCACCAGCCUACACGAGAGGCUGCAAAUGCGAGAGGAGGAGAGGGAAAAGGAACUCGAGGAAAGAAGGCGCCGGAGAAGAGAGGAAGCGGAGAGGAAGCGGAAAGAAAGGGAGGACGCCGCCAAGGUGAAGACGGAAUACGGGGAGGAUGUGCGCGUCGAAGGAGAGCACGACGAAGAUGACAUGAUGGCUCAGAUGGGCUUUACUGGAUUUGGGUCAUCCAAGAAGUAG